AGUAUGACACAUGUAUGACACUGACACAAUUUGCGAAAGAAAAUGUUUAUGUGGCCAGGUGAAGCUAGUGACAAAACAUACAUUGUUCGUAAUAGUGAAAUAAUUAUUAAAUUUAUCUACUAGUGCAAUAAGUUUCUGUUUCAUUAAAAGUAUCUAGGUUAAUAUCGGUGUCGUAAAAACUUAUGAUGGAAGAUCGAGCAGCUAAGCUAGCGUUAGCACGGAAAAAGCUGAAAGACCAUCAAGAAAAGAAAUUGUUUUCUGGACAAAAAGAUGAUACAAUUUCUAGAAAAGGAGAUAUGUUAAAUAUUGAAAGUUCUGAAUUUAAACCUGAUGAGGGAUUAGCUACUCAAAGCAUACAAGACACACUGGACAACAAUAGUUCCAACAUUACUGAUAAAAAUAAAACUAAUCAUUUAGUAUCACAAAAUAUAAAUACUGGCAAAAAUGCCAUCUUUCCAGAUGACAAUUCAACAGCUCCCACAGAUAAUGUUGAUGUAACAGAGUUCUUUAUUUCAAACAAAAGAAAUUUAGAGUUACAAGUACAACAAUUGCAAACAAAAUUGGACCAACUUGAGCAGAAGCAUGCUUUAAUAAUUGAUGAUUACAAAAUAUGCAACCAAAAACUCAAUGAGCUAGAAAUUGAAAAUAAAAAUCUAAAUGGCAAAUAUUUGAAUGCUAUGCAAAAAAUUAUGAUACAAGAUGAUAAACUCAAUGAACUUAAUUCAGUAAAGCUAACUUUAUCUGAAGAAAAUAAUAAUUUAUCUGAACAAAUAGAAUUUACCAAAACGGUUUUAAAUGCUAAAGAAGCAGAAAGUGAUUCCCUUCAUAAUCAACUUUAUAAUCUACAGAACCAAUAUGAUGUUGUACACCUGCAGCUACAACAGUUGACAAAUGGCUCAACUGCUAAUACCCCAAGUGGAAAAACCAAUAACAGUGAGAAAGUAGAUGCCCUUAUACAAAAAAAUGCCAAUUUAGAGCAACAGUUGGGUUUAUUGCAAAAAGAACGAGAUCAGAUUAACCAACAUUAUGAACAAUAUGUUUCUGAACUGAAUGAGCAAUUAAGGUGUGUAAUUAAAAAAAAUGAGGAGCUUACAAGAGAAGUUGAAAGUUUAUCUAAUAGAGAAAACAGUUUAAUUGAACAGAUAAGUGAUAUGGAAAUAAGGAUACAAAAUUACAACAUAAAUAAAAAGACAUAUGAAAUAGAUUGUAAUACAAGUACAAUAAAUCAAUUGCAAGAUAAUUUAAAAACAACUCAGGAUGCCCUAAAUGUAUUACAGAGCAAAUAUGAAACACUUCAAACUCAAUAUACUGAGAGUGUUGCUAAAAUUCAAGAAUUGUCUGACGUUAAAGCAGCAGGAUGUCAUCAUGACAACAUCAGCAUAUCUAAACUAAAUGCUGAUAUGACGAGUGACAAAGUGGCUGCACAAAGAGCUACUGAACAAAACAAGAAAUUAAAGCAAGACAUGCAGGACUUGGAGGAUGCUUUUGUGAAAAUGAGUAAAGACAAACUGGAAUUAACAGAAAAGGUAACAGCUGAAAAAUAUUUAAACCGGGAACUUACAAUUAAAUUAUCUGAAGUGGAAGAAAAGGCAAAAGACAUGCAAAUUAAAUUGAAGGCCAAGGAUGAAGAAAUGAUAAGAUUACAAGCAAAUUAUAGAACUAUCGAAAAACAGUGUGAAAAAUUGACUAAUUUGGAAAGCAAUGAUAUUAGUACAGUUUCAGAUGUUGAACCUAAUUCGGAAAUAAACAAUGACGUCGUAGAAGAGUCUGUCGAAACUUCGGAAUUAGAACGCAAACCUUUAACUGAUGAUUUCAAAGAGAAUAAGCGCAAUAUUCUCCAGAGAGCAGAUGCAAUGUCAAAGCUUCAGGAACGUUUCUUAAAAAUAAUGGGUGAAGUUGCUGAUUUAUCAGAUGAGAAGCACAGACUGGAACAUAUCAUUUUACAACUUCAGAAUGAAACAGAUACAAUUUGUGAAUAUGUGGCACUAUACCAACAGCAACGGAGUUUGCUCAAAAGACGAGAUGAAGAAAGAAGUGCUCAGUUAAAGAUUUUCCAAGAAGAAUGUGGAAAACUUAAGAAUCAAUUGGAAGAACUGAGUGGACUUUUGUCUCGGUUUGCAGUAGAUAAAGAAUUAUCAUUUUAUUUUGAAAAUGAGUCAAAGCGAAUCGAUAUGGAAAAUGUUAUGUCAUUAUUAGACAGUCUUAAAAAUAAUUCAUUAAUAGAUAUCAAUAAGAAAAAUAUAGAAUUCAAAAAUUUUUAUCCCUGUAACUGUUGCUCUGGUAAGCUUAUUGAUGUGUAGAAUACUCUCUUAUCUGCAUUAACAGUUGCAAUAUUAUGUAUUUAUGACCUAGAUUUACCUAAGCUAUUAUACAAUAUAUUUAAAUCACUGCACGCGCAACUAUGACAGACUUACAUAAUAAAUAACAUCGAAUGUCUAA